AUGGAGCGCUGCGGCGGCCAGUGGCUGAGGCGCAUGGCUCUAUGGGUGGGACCAGAGCUCCAGGGAGGGACUUCCUCUCGGGCUGCUGCUGUAGGAUGGCAGGCAGCUGCUGCUCUGACACGACUGACCACAGGACUGAAUACAGGACGGACAACAGGACUGACCUCGGGAUGCGCACGGACAGAGGGUAGCGCGCAGGACGUGCUGCGUACGUGCGAGGAAAAGAGUUGGCGAAGUUUGGAGGCAGCAGAGACGGGGCUGACAGGCUUGGACAGCGGGGACGGGUGGGGGGCCACCAUGGGGAACGGGCCGUGCUCCCGGAGACAGCGGAGGAUCUUCCAGUGUCUGCUGCUGCUGACCGUGGUGUGUGGAAUGUUGUACGGAGGAAUGAUCUCAUAUGAGAUGCACAAACAGCUCAAGAGGACCGAGGCCGUGGCGCUCAAGUACCAGCAGCACCAGGAGUCUCUGUCGGCGCAGCUCCAAGGUAAACACACAGAAGCCAUUCACCAAACCAACAAACCAGCAGCUCUGUGGCGCAAAGACUCUACACAACUCUACACGACUCUACAGACUCUACACGACUCUACAGACUCUACAGGACUCUACAGACUCUACACGACUCUACAGACUCUACACAACUCUACACGACUCUACAGACUCUACACGACUCUACAGACUCUACAGGACUCUACAGACUCUACACGACUCUACAGACUCUACACGACUCUACUAGAGCUGCAACUAACAAUUAUUUUGUAA